GGUCAAAAUACGCUGGAAGACUUGCAACGUCAAAAAAUAAUGCAGUCUUUUGGCGAUGACACGCUGUUUGCUCACAUAAGUAUUGAGAAAAAAUGUAGACUUCUGCGAGAACAAAAUGGAGAUAAAGUCUUGCAGGAGGAAAGCGGCAGCGAUGUGAGUAAAAAUGUUAAACAAAACUUACCGGUGUCGAAGUUUGCAAACAAGGACAGCGACGUGGAUGAAUCAAAACUGUCACAUUCCACACAUAAUGCGAAAGAAACAAUAAAACAAAGUGAAUCUGACUUUGUAAAGUAUUUCGAAGAUAGCAUUCUAUUUCCUAGAAUUAACGGGAGAAAUAAUGUAUCCUCGGCCUCGAGUACUUUAAAAGAAAAUAGGAUUCUGUCAUCCAAAACAAAUCGGAGUCCUUGUAAAAACAAAGGGAAUAUUAAUGCGAUCAGCUCGAUAAAGAAGCAUUCUUCAAAUAUUAUUAACAAUGUAAAGAAAUGCGAUAAAUUUAGCGCACAAAAUCUUCAUAAAAAUGGAUCUCAUGAUGAUAUUUAUAAUACAAUAAGUGGUAGCAGCGUUGCAGUGUCAUCAAGUAUUGAUAGUACAUGUGAUAAGGAAAUCUCAAACAUUAUUUUGUCACGAGCUCUUUGCACUCAGGAUCGAUGUAAACUGGCAUCAUGGGGCUUACCACCAAAUAUUCUUCAAAAAUACACUGCUCGUGGAGUAGAUUGCAUGUUUACAUGGCAGAUGGAAUGCUUAUCAAAUCAUCAAGUAAUGCAAGAAAGGAAGAAUCUUAUAUAUUCUGCGCCUACAUCUGCAGGAAAAACUCUUGUCGCUGAAAUUCUUUUAAUUAAGACUAUUUUGGAAAGGAGAAAGAAAGUGAUUUUUAUUUUACCAUUUGUUUCUGUUGUUAGAGAAAAAAUGUAUUAUUUUAAAGAUUUAUUGUCUGACAUUGGAAUAAGAGUGGAAGGAUUUAUGGGAGGAUCUGUACCACCAGGUGGAUUUGCCGCUACUCAUGUUGCAAUAGCUACUAUAGAGAAAGCAAAUUCUCUGGUGAAUCGUUUGAUGGAGGAGAACGAUUUAAGUAGUCUAGGAGCUGUCAUAAUAGAUGAAUUGCAUUUACUAGGUGAUCCUAAUCGUGGUUACCUUUUGGAAUUACUUUUGACAAAAUUGAAAUACAUGACCCUUCGUAACGAUGACAUUAACAUACAACUGAUAGGUAUGUCAGCCACAUUACCAAACUUAGUUCUGUUAGCCAAAUGGCUAAAUGCAGAAUUGUACAAGACUGAGUUUCGUCCCAUUCCUUUAAAUGAAUAUUGUAAGGUAGAAACAAAUAUAUAUGACAACAAAUUGAACUUUGUCAGAAAAUUAGAACAAUUGCCAGAAUUAGAAAAAGAUGUAGAUAAUAUGCUACAACUUUGUAUUGAAACAAUAAGUGCUGGUCAUAGUGUGUUGAUUUUCUGUCCUACAAAGAAAUGGUGUGAGAAAUUAGCUGAACAAAUUGCUGCAGCCUUCUUCAAAUUAGGUUGUAAAGAUACAAUGCUUGGAGAGAUGUUAAGAAAAGAAAUCAACAAAGAAUUAAUUCAGGAAACUCUGGAGCAACUAAAGCGCAGUCCAAGCGGCCUAGAUAACAUUUUAAAGAACACGAUUUCGUUCGGCAUUGCGUUUCAUCAUGCUGGACUUACGAUGGACGAACGUGAUAUUAUAGAAGGAGCUUUCAGAACAGGGUCCUUGAGAGUUCUUAUAGCAACAUCAACAUUAAGCAGUGGAGUAAAUCUACCCGCACGAAGAGUAAUCAUAAGAUCACCUCUAUUUGGUAACAAUCUAUUGAAUACUUUAACUUAUAAACAAAUGAUAGGACGUGCUGGUCGUAUGGGAAAAGACAGUGCAGGGGAAAGUAUACUAAUAUGCAAGUCAACUGAACGCAAUGCGGCUCUGUCUUUACUCUCUGCAACUCUAGAUCCGAUUGAAUCUUGUCUCAACGAUUCUAUGCUAUUAAUAAGAGCGCUCUUAGAAGCAGUAGCUAGCGAAGUUUUAUAUACAGUGAAAGACCUAGAACUGUAUAUUAAUUGUACUUUACUGAGCUUCAAUAAACAGUCUGAUGUACAAACUUUUUCCAACGAAGCAAUGAGAUUCUUAUUGGAUAAUGAAUUUCUAUUAUUACAAACUACAGAACGAGAAUCCAGAUGGAUAGCAACGCCGCUUGGAAAAGCGUGUUUGGCCGCAUCUAUACCUCCCAGGGAAGGAUUGUUUCUAUUCGAGGAAUUACAGAAAGCAAGAAGGUGUUUUGUUUUGGAUACGGAAUUGCAUGUAAUAUAUUUAGUAACUCCACUUUCUGCUGGAUGUCAAAUUGGAACUGUCGAUUGGAUGAUGUUUCACGAAUUAUGGAACACGAUGUCGGAAAGUGAGCGCAGAGUUGGAAAGCUUAUUGGAGUGGAAGAACGUUUUGUCGUAUCAGCUAUUAGAGGAGUCAUUAAACCUGGAAAAUCGUUAAAUAUACAUAGAAGAUUCUACAGUGCACUGGCGUUACAUGAUUUAGUUAAAGAAGUUCCGCUUCACGCAGUUUGUAAAAAAUAUGGAUGUUGUCGUGGAGUAUUACAAACUUUACAACAGUCUGCUGCUACAUAUGCAGGUAUGGUCACGCAAUUUUGCAAGCAGUUAGGCUGGGAUUGCAUGGAGUUAUUAGUAAGCCAGUUUCAAACAAGAUUGCAAUUCGGCGUCUGUAGAGAAUUGUUAGAUUUAUUGCGUCUGCCAAUGUUAAACGGCUUGCGAGCAAGAAGCCUGUAUAAAGAAGGAAUAACAUGCGUAGCGGAUUUGGCUGUUGCUAAUGAACUUAAUGUGGAACGCGCGCUUUACAAAGCUCUCCCUUUUGAAAGUGAAAAAGAAUACGAAGGAGAAUAUGCAUUUGAAGCAGAAAAAAGAAAUAAAAUGAGAACAGUGUUUGUCACUGGAAGAGAUGGUCUUACACCACAACAAGCUGCAGUUUUAUUAGUUCAAGAAGCAAGGGUAUUAGUUCAAAAUGAAUUGGGACUCGACCAAUUGCCAUGGGAGCAGAAGCAUAAUGAGCAAUCUCUGCAGAUUACAUACAUAGAAGAUGUUAAAGAUACAUCUGACAUAAAAGAACAAAUUCAAAUGGAAUUGGAUGUAAAAGAUUCAAAAUCUACGAAAAUGGAAACAUCCAUAGUAAACAAUUCAAAAUACGAAAAAUCUGCAAAUAACGAAAAUAAAAAAAAUGACAAUUCGAAACUUGAUAUUUUUGACGAAAUUGAAAGUAAUAUGCCCGAUAAAAAGAAAACAAUUGAAUCGAACAAUCAGCCUUUAAAUGAAGUAAUUUUAUCAUCUAAAAUCUCGGAAGACGAAAGAGUGUUCCUCGAUAUAAGCAUUCCCGAUAUAAUAGCUAACAAUGAACUACAAACUUCUAAGGAAAAGAAAAAUUCUCUUACACCUGAUAAUAGCAUUAAGAUGAAGAGAAGUAGCAAAGAUUUAGAAAAAUUAAAUUUGAAUAUUAACGAUAUACCUAAUAAAAAAUCAAAGACUUAUAAUUAUUUAAAUAAGAUAAAAAACAAUACUGAGAAUUUAAUAGACAAAAACGUAAAAGUAUCAAUUUUAGAUAAAGACACUAAAUUAUCGUAUUCGAGAAGUCCCAGUUUGUUUGAUGAUAGUUUGAAUCUCGACACUCAAAUCUGCGAUCUUCUUGAACAAAAUGUCAUGGAUAUCGCGCAUUUAGAAUUAGAUUCCAAAAUGUUUGCAAGCGAUUUGGAUCUUGUCACAAAUACAUUACAGAAAAGUCCAGAUAUCAAUAACGCGCACUUACAAGGACAAAGUGACGCGAAAAAUGUAAACACAGCGCUCAUACAAACGAGAAACAGUGUACUGUCAUGGGAUGACGAUUCAUGGAAUAAUUCCGAACGAUUGCUAAAGCAAGUAGUCCAAGCAGAUAAUAAUCAAAAUCGCAAACAGGAAACACCUAAACCAAAAAUUAUAAAUAUCGUAAAUACAAAUGUAUCUAUUACGCCAAAAAAUAUAAAAACUUGCACGCCGAAAGAUAAGAAAAGCAUAAAUAAAACGGAUAUGAAAAAGCGUACUGCUGUAAUUAAAGAAAAAGUGCCUAUAAUUAAACCUAAAUUACCAAAAAUAGAAUCUCCUAUAACAAACAUAAUCGUUUAUAGAAAUGAAAGAAGAAAGUCUGCAGAGUCGAAUAAAUCCGACUCGGAUGAUAUUAUCAUCGGUUCGCAACAUUUUGAUUCUCCUUUCAACGACAGUAAAAAUCGAGCGAGAAUAAAAUUGAAGAAAAUACGUAAAAUGCGUUCCCAAAAACUUGCCGAGGAUACAUUAACAGAAGUAAAUAAUCGUUUAAACUCUCCUAUAAGAGCAGAAUCGAGUGACAUAGCACGUAAUAAAACGAAGCAGAAAGCGAAGCCAAAAUUAAAAGAAAUUUUAGAACGAAAUCUGUUACUCGCAAAUUGCAAUACAGAUAGCAUUAUAUAUAAUUCUGAAGAUGAAACGACGUUAAGCUUAGCCUCUAAAACAAAAAUAAUCGAGACGCAAUCAAAUGUACCAAAUAAAAACGUCAAUUUCAAGAUAGAAGUCGCGUUACCUGAUGAAAAAAAAGAUUUGCCGAGCGAAACGAUAGAUUGGAAUAUAUUGAAUAUUGUAAAAGUUGCGAACAAUAGAGCGACUUUUAAUUUAUUCAAACGUGAAGUAUUAAAGAAGCAAAAUAUCGCAUUAGCAUUACAUUGCGAUAUAUUUAUGGAUAAUACAAAUAACAUAGGUUCGAAAAUUUGUGCCUCUGAUGUAGAGGGAAAACGAAAAUACAGAAAGUCAGGGAAUUAUACGCACGGAAAUAUGGAAAUACGUGGUGCUGCAAUAUCCUGGGAAAGCAAUAUUGCAUAUUAUAUCUCUUUUAGUAAUUCAUCAGAAUCGAAAGUCUCUGGAAAAGAACAAAAGGCUUUAUUAAAAGAAUUAUUUGCCGAUACAAAUUUGUACAUGAGAUGUUUUGCGGUAAAGGAUAUAUAUAAACUCUUAUAUCAAUGUUGUGGAAUUUCUGCCAAAUGUAGAUUUCUGGAUCCAAUAAUUGCACAUUGGUUAUGCACUAACGAUUCCGAGAGAAAUUUCGACGAAAUGGUAAUGCAAUACUUUCCUCAAGGAAAUUUCAUAAUGAAACGUACAAAUUCUUGCUACAGUGCAGGUCCUGGAAUGGAUGUGCGGAGUUCUUUACCAGGUGAAUUUAGAUCAGCAACAGAAGCUGUGCUAACAUGGCACAUGAUGGACAAUGUCAUGAAUAAAUUAGAAGAAUUUAAUCCUGUUCUACUUUAUGCUUUUAGAGAGAUAGAAAUGAAAAUCGUAAUAAUUUUAGCUUGUAUGGAAUUAUCAGGCAUUGGUAUAAAUAUAAAAUCAUUACAAGAAUUAUCAUUGGUUACUUCAAACGAAAUGCAAUCUUUAGAAACAAAAGCUUAUGAUUUAGCAGGUAGAAAAUUUAAUUUCUCAUCACCUAAGGAAGUUGGCCAGGUAUUAGGUUUGUCUAAAGAUAAGAAAGUCAGUACAAGCAAGGCUGUUUUGGAAAAAUGUGAUAAUCCAAUAUCGAAUUUGGUGAUUUCAUGGCGGAAAUUGAGUGCAACAAAAACAAAACUUAUCCAACCAUUAUUAAAAUUGGCUCAAACAGAUUCUCGAGUUCGUGGUAAUAGCAUCACUUGUACAGUGACAGGAAGAGUCUCGAUGCACGAACCAAAUUUGCAGAAUGUACCAAAAGACUUUAGUUUUGCAGAUAAUAAUUUCGUACUAAGCGUAAGAAUGGCGUUUGUGCCGGCUCUAGGCAACAUAAUGCUGUCCGCUGAUUAUUGUCAACUAGAAUUACGCUUGUUGACUCACUUUUCGCAAGAUUCCAUACUAUGUGAAAUCAUGAGGCAACCGGGUGAUAUUUUUAAAAGUAUCGCUGCCAAAUGGAAUAAUGUAUCAGAAGAAGAGGUAACAAUUGAGAUGCGUCAGCGCACCAAACAAUUAUGCUAUGGCAUGAUUUAUGGCAUGGGGGUAAAGUCAUUAGCUGAAAAUCUUUGUAUAAGCGAAUCCGAAGCUCAAGAAUUUCUAGAAUCCUUUAUGAGCACAUAUCCCGGCAUAUAUAAAUGGUUGAACAAUGUGCUGGAGGAAGCGCAUCGCGAUGUAUACAUAACAACAUUACUCGGAAGACGCAGACAGUUUCCGGAUUUAAAAAGUACAAAAUCAUCCACGAGGGCACAAGCGGAACGGCAAGCUGUGAACACAAAAGUACAAGGAUCCGCAGCAGAUAUAGUUAAAAAAGCUAUGAUAAGCAUAGAAGAGAGGAUAAGAUGUAACUUCCCGGAUUCAGCUAUUAUAUUUCCAGAAAUGAACAACACUCGCAAACUACGAAGCAAUAGUCGAGAUAUGCAACAAAGAGGUGGUUACUUAGUUUUACAGUUACACGAUGAAUUGUUAUAUGAAGUAAAUUUAGCAGAUCUGAAAGAAGUCGCUGCUAUAAUAAGAGAAUCAAUGGAAAAUGUAUGCCAACUUACUGUACCAUUGCCAGUAAAAAUUAGAGUUGGGCCUGCAUGGGGCGAUUUAACCGAUUAUCAAUUUUAGCAAACAUUUCUAAUCACGCGGGCGUAAUAUUAUCUCAUUUUUUUAAACGAUAUUUCUAUUUUUAUAUAUUUUUUAUAGUUAAUCGUGUUGAAGUAUUUAUGGAUCAUGUUAAUAUUUAGUAGAUAUAUUUUACAUAUU